AUGAGUGGCCCGGGAGAAAAUCGCUGGCGGCGGCAGGGUCAAGCCAACCGCAACUCCAACUCGGGCGCAAACACCCCCACCAAGGACAAUGCAGGCCGGCAGCAGGCCAUGCCAGCGCCCACGGGGAACGUAUGGGGAGCCAAACAGGGGAAAGGAUCAGGCCCCGCGGCUGCACCAGCUCAAGCGCAGCCCGACCAGCACGUACCUGUGAAGGAAUUCAAUGCGAACGAGGUCAGGGACUUCCUCAAGAAGAAAUACCUUGAGAGCACAGCUAACCAACCCUCGGUAUACCACAAGGUCCCCGGUGACUCUGUCCCGACCCGAAGCACUGGCGCAUGGGGCAAAGGAGGCACCAUGACACACCUCAUGCCGACCGGCCAGGACUUCUUCACACAGCUGAAGAAGCAGAUCGCCAGUCUCGAGCAGACCAAACCCGCGCAAUAA